AUGGGCAAGCAGAACAGCAAGCUGCGGCCCGAGGUGCUGCAGGACCUGCGUGAGAACACGGAGUUCACCGACCACGAGCUGCAGGAGUGGUACAAGGGCUUCCUCAAGGACUGCCCCACCGGCCACCUGACCGUGGACGAGUUCAAGAAGAUCUACGCCAACUUCUUCCCCUACGGCGACGCCUCCAAGUUCGCCGAGCAUGUCUUCCGCACCUUCGACACCAACGGGGACGGCACCAUCGACUUCCGGGAGUUCAUCAUCGCGCUGAGCGUCACGUCGCGGGGCAAGCUGGAGCAGAAGCUCAAGUGGGCCUUCAGCAUGUACGACCUGGACGGCAACGGCUACAUCAGCCGCAGCGAGAUGCUGGAGAUCGUGCAGGCCAUCUACAAGAUGGUGUCCUCUGUGAUGAAAAUGCCCGAGGAUGAGUCCACCCCGGAGAAACGAACGGAUAAGAUCUUCCGGCAGAUGGACACCAACAAUGACGGCAAACUGUCCCUGGAAGAGUUCAUUAAAGGUGCCAAGAGCGACCCCUCCAUCGUCCGCUUGUUACAGUGCGACCCCAGCAGCGCCAGCCAGUUCUGAGGGACCCGGCGUCCAGAAGGCUGCAGAGAAACACAGGCCUGUCUCGCCUUUAAGCUUUGCUUGCAAAAGUGGAUGUCUCCUCCAUCAUUCCUGCUCUGCUGGCAGGGGCCCAGGCGGCAACGCGGCACCUCCCCCACCGGGCCUCCUCCUGCCCCUCCCCCCACGCCCCGCCCCCAGGGCGCCCCCGCCUAUGUGUUUACACGUGGGGCCCCUCAUUCUCCAUUCCGGGGUGCCUCCCCACCCCAGGGCGCCCCGAGAACGCGGCUGAGGACACUGAUGGGACUUCUAAGAUGGAGACAAGGCCGGCUGAUCUAUUUCAUGAUCGCAGGUGACCGUGGGAAAGGUGGGGACAAGAACGGAGGGACAGUAGACGGGCAAGCCCUCCCUGUGCAUGGCUCCACCUCGCUCGUUCAUGUCCUCUGACCAGAGCUGCCCGCACGUAUGCAUACUAUGGCCUCCUUUCUUUUAAUAUAUAAGUUAUGCCUGUGGUGAGGUGACAUGUCCUGUGCAGGUCCCGUAUUUCAUGCCUCCGUUGCCUUUGGAGCGUGGUUCCUCAUGGCCCGUGAUCCCCCUGAGUCUGGUCAUUUUGUGGUAUUUAUGCACUCUCAAUCUGCCCGUUUCCAAGGAAAUGCAUGCGUGCCCAGUGCCGUGGAGACCCUCCCGUCCACGUAGUGAACACAGGCGUCUGUGCAAGGUCUGUCCGCCCCGUCGACUGGUGUCUGGCAUUUCCUGUAUUAAAAUGAUCCAAUAAACGGAAUCCCCUGA